UCAACUGGAAAUUCAGAGUACCAGGAGGGAAGUCCAGACUUAUUUUGCAGAGGAAGGUUCUGCUGUGAAAAGUCCUGUGCAUCUCUCAGUGGUUUCACCUUGCACUCAGGUUUUAGGAACAUUUGCUGUCCUAAAUGAGUACCUUAUGUCAGAAAUUUCCACAGACACAUCACUCUGAGAAAUGCAGUUGUCAGCCCUUCAGUGUCACAAUUUGCAGCAACAGGAGGAGCAAAUCAGAGCAAAACCACAUUUUAAAUUCUCAGAAUCUUAAUCAACUGGAAUUCUUGUUCUGAGGAAGAAUCUAGAAAUAUGAAUAUCAUUUGGAGAGGAAGAUGGGAUCCAGCUGUUAAGGAAGUGAGAUUCUGAUUUCAUUAUCAGUGCAAAAUCCUUGGAGUUAGAGUUGCACAAGUAAGAAAAUGGGGAGUGAGCAGUGAGUAUUGGCUUUGAACAAUUGGGUUGAUUUACAGGGUUAUGCUCUCUCUGUUCUGAUGUCAUUGUAAUGAGGUAUUGAGACAAACAUGGGUUUUGCUAAGACACUGAUGAGUAUGGAGCUGUUUUGCACCUUUUCCCAAACAUAUCUUGUUUUUUUCUUGUUUAAGACAGUGUGCUGCCUGUGUUUUUGCCCAGUCUCCUAUGGUUUCUGCUAAGUGCACUAAUUCUUUUAUUCAUUCCAUCAUUCUCACUUGUUAUCCUUGAACUGAUAAGGCACCUUCACCUGCAGAGGAAGCAGGUCCUCAAGCGAUAAUGUGGCCUUGAAAGGAGAGUUGAUUGUCAGCCAUUUCUUUACAUAAGUAGGUGUGUAUGGGUGAGAAAAUAGCUCAUCAUUUCCAAUACAACAGCAAAGCUCAGAAGUGUUUGAAAUAGACAAAAUAUGAUCAUUAAAUAUGAUGGAAAUUCAGUAUUUAUUGCUAAUAUCUAUGAUCACACUCAGCCCUUUUUAUUAAUCUGGUUGCUCUAUUCUUAGAUUUGGAGUUUACAGAUCCUCUUUACUUGGGGCCCAAAGUCCCCUGUAACCUAUAGGAUCAGUGCUGAUUUUGUGUUGUGUAAUUGAUAGCAAUCAUCAUACAGUGCUGGUUUUGCUCUCUGUUUCAGAACUUUUAAAACUGGAAAAUAAUAUAAUAUUCAGCAAUUCAUGAUACUUUGAAGAGACCGUUUAUAUCACCAGGUUUAAAGAUUCAUGACUUGAUUCUAUAAAUCACACUAAAAAGAUUGGUUCACCAAGUCAGCCCUUGUGAAAUGUUCUUUGAACUGAGAAUAAAGGGUUAGAAAAAUAAAACCUUCAUGGCCUCACAAAGAAAAAAAAUGAAUUAAUAUCAGUUCUGUGCCUCCAGCUCUACUGUCCCUUCAUACCUGAGAAGCUGUACAGCUGCCUCUGUCAGCACUUUUCCAUCUGGGCCCCAUUCUUGCUCACACUGCUUCACCUGUGAGCUGAAUACUCAUGAGCACAGUGGUACAGGACUACUCUGCUGCAAAGGCAGAAACUUUUUCAAAUUUGUUUGUCCAGCUUCUUAAUAAUAUUCAAAUUUGUAUUAGCGUUUUUCAAACUUUGUCAAAUUUCACUGAAAUAAUUCACUCUUUGAUUCAUCUAGAUGCUGCUGGAAUUUGCUAAGAUAGAGAAAAUCAUCCCAGGUAAAUGCAAUGUCAGGGAGGGACCAGGAAAUUACAAAAAAAAAUUAGAUUGAAGUCAGAAGUUCUGGAGCAUAAACUAUGUUGUGGGCACAGCCCUUUUCUCAAGACAAGAAACACAUCCUAUAAAGUAAGAAUAAUAUGCAAGUCAUUAAAAUAACAUAGCCCCAAGAAAAAAGAAUCAAAUGCCAUUUGACUGAAUCUAAAAGAGGGUGCAGCUAAGAAGAUGAAGCAGCGUUUGUAUAAGGUAAAUCUCCAUAGAGCUAGAAGAUCUAGCGAAGAUGCAGCUCCAUAAUGAAGUGGGACUUUGGAAAGGAAAGGAAUAGUAGGCAGCCAGCUGAACUCUUUCAGUCAGACUCACUUUCUGCCACAACAUCAAAAGCUUGGUAUGAUUAAAGAAAAUGACAGCUGAAGUUUGGCUUUCAACAAUGUGCAAAAAGAGGACAUGUAUGAAAUUGCCUGAAUUAAUUCCUGUUGUGCUGUUUGAAACCUUUUACACAGCCUUGGACUUCCCUCUGCCCUCUACAAAGGUAAAUUGGGAAUGUUUUUUUAUGACUUCCAUUAAUGAAAGACACAACCCCUCAUGCACCUGUUUGCCUCUCUUUCAGGAUGAUACUUGAAUCAUGCUGUCUGCCGUGCAGCUACAAAAUACAGCUAGCACAGGCUCAGAAAAGUGCAGAGGAGAUCAGCCCAGGUCAAGAAUCCAGCCUGAGAGGUGACCAAAGAACUGAAAGGUACCUCCUUAUGGAAUGAAAUGUGAGGAUGUGGUUUUGAAACAGUUAUGCCAGAGGACCAGACACCUUUGCAUCUGGAAUUGCAGAUGCCUUUGGCCAAGUUAGAUGAUGAAAGCACGGAUCCAUGUCACACCUCAGCAGCACAUGUUUAGCUGGACAUUCCUUGCAGGUACUGUGGCCCUUGGAGAGCUCUCAUUAGAGCAGAUUUGUUUGAACAGGAGAGGAAUAGGGAAGGACCUUGACCCCCAACCCUGUUCUGCUGCUGAAGGGGCAGGAAAAGAAGUUGAGUUGAGCCCAGCAAAAGAUGGGGGGGAGCUAUUGGGUUUUAUAUUUGUUUCUGUUUCUCACUAUCCAAAUGUAUUUUAAAUAGCAAUACAUUUAAAUUCAUCUUGGCCAGCUUUGUUCUGUCCUAGAUGGUGUCCACUAAGUGAUCUUUCUGCCCCUUAUCCUGGCCCAUGAACUCUUUCUUCCUAUUUUCACCCCUUGUCCUCCUGAGGAGAGUGGAAGUGGGGUGAGCAUGUGGGUGAGUGUUUGGAUGCUGGCCAAAGCUUAUCCACCAUACAAUAUUUACAUUUCUAUUAAACAAGAUCUAUUUUACUCAGAUUAAAUUAUAGUUGAGCAUAAAUUGAUUUUUUACUUUGCAUUUCUGUUGCAUAUUCUAAAAUUAUUAAAUCUCUUCUUAUAGGCUGUCUCUUUAUUGCUACAAGUGACAGAGUAUUUUUAAACUUAUCAAAUAGGAAGAUGAAUGUCCUGCUGCAUUUUCCUUUAUGUUGAUACACAAUUCCUCUGGAAAAGACUUUAAACAGCAAGUCAAGGACCUUUGAGCUUGUCCUCUGAUUCUCCAUGGGAACAGAGCUACCAACAUGAGCUGUUGGAGUGGGUUCUUCUGUCCCAUGGAAUGCACCAAGAGAAGUCUUUUCCUGUUUUUCACCAUCUCUUUUACAAUAUAUUUGAUUUCCUCUUUUUAUACUUCUCCUCACCUUGCUGCUCGACCUAAAAGUAAUGGUCUUCACAUGGAAAGUGAAAAGAGUUUAUUUAGAAAAUUAUCUAUAAAUUUCAAACAAAUCUUAGGGAAACAAAAUGGAGAACUACCACCUGAAAAUGAGAAAUCUGGGAAUAAAGCCACGCCCACUCCGACACGGCCAUUUGCAUUCAUUAUUAACAAAGAAGAGAAGUGUAAAGAUAGAACACCUUUCUUGGUAUUGCUGAUAUCAACAGCAGCAGCCGAGCUGCAGCACAGAAAAGCCAUCCGGGAGAGCUGGGCGAGCGCAGCCGCGGUUCCCGGCGCGGACAUUGUUCGGCUGUUCAUGCUGGGCAGCGACCCCAGGGGUGACAAAGGGGACGUUCUGCUGAGAGAAAGUGAGCAGUAUCAUGACAUCAUCCAGCAGGACUUCCUGGACACUUACAACAACUUAACUCUUAAAACUCUGAUGGGCAUGAGCUGGGUGGCCACCUACUGCAGUGGCACGAGGUUUGCUAUGAAGACAGACAGUGAUGUUUUUGUCAACACGAUGCACUUGAUUGAAAAGCUCCUCAGGCCUCUCCUGCCUCUCACAGAGAAUUAUUUCACAGGCCAUUUAAUGACAGGGCACAGCCCUAUUCGGAAUAAAGCCAGUAAAUGGUACAUAUCAGAAGAAGAAUUCCCAGAAAACAAAUACCACCCUUUUUGUUCAGGAACUGGCUACGUGUUUUCUGGAGUGGCUGCAAAAAUUGUAGAUGCUUCUUUAAUGAUUAAAUUUAUACAUCUGGAAAAUGUUUACGUAGGGUUUUGUCUUAAUGCAAAGGGAGUAGAAAUAGCACCAUCUCCUAAAUCGCUGUUUAACAUACACAAGGUUCCAUUUUCUCCUUGUGCGUACAAUGAGUUAAUUACAUCUCAUCACAUUGAGCCACAUGAGCACAUACUCCAUUGGGAAACACUGCAAGAGAAGAAACACACAUGUCAGGAAAGAAAGGUCCAUCCUGGAGCAUCCUAGGAACUUGCUUUGACAAUGGGCAAAGCAGCAGAUGUUUUCUUAGUAGCAACAGAACACCUGUGUAAUGAUAACUUUCAAGGUCCACGGACAUCCUGAAUCAGGUGCCUAGGUUUUGUAUUAGGUUGAAUUCAAAGGAUUUUUCCUACAUAAAGAAGCCUUUCUCUGUUGAGUGAAUUCUGAUUUACCUUAUUUAGUUUUGGAUGAAGCAUCAAUUAAUUUUUAAAGCCAGCAAGAGACCAUAUCAACCCUACUGAAGAAAAAGCAAAGACAAUGCAAUAAAACUUGUUCUUUCAUUAAAAAUGAAUAAGUUCAUGUGUUAAUUUCAUACUGCUUGAUGUAAUUUGCCUAUGUACCAUUAAAUGUACUCAUGUGGCAUUCCAGUGUGACCAAAGAAGGAAGCAUACAAGAUAUCCUGUGCUGGGGAAUUAGUGCCAGAAAUGUGGGCAGAAACUGCGUCUUCAGAAAAUCUAACAUUAGCAUUUCCGAGAUCUCAGUGCCCAGAGUGGCUACUACUCUCUGUGGUUAUAUAUACAUAGAAAACCUCACACACAAGAUACCACUUAUUUGUUAUCAUGGAGAUGUAACAAAAAGAGGAAAAUUAAAUGCAGAUAGACUGACCUGUUAGUGAUAUAUUAAAUUGCAUUUUAGGGCAUUCGGCUGUGUACAAAAUAUCAUCAUAGUUAAGUAAAAAAUAAGAUGGUGCUUACUAACCUCAGAAGAUAAAAGUUUCAGUCCAAAUCCAAAUCCCUAUCAGACGCACAUGGAAAUCAGAAUGUCAAUCACAUGAAUACCAGACACUUCAGCUGGAAGUGAAAAGUGAGUAUACAUUAUAUACAUCCCCAAUGACAUUUUGUAAAUGUACAUGAUGGUGUUUCAUGAAGAAGCCCCUGAAUCCUGCAGUGCAGUCUUUGUGUGCUCUGUGCAGCUCCAUUCCACCUAGGACUGACAGACAGUGGGAACCUGUGGUGCAGCCACUGAACACAAUGCAUUUCUCCCUUACAGGAAUUUGGUCUUAGACCUUUUUAUUAAGGAAUAUUAUUGCUCAGCUAAUACCUACACAGGACAAUUUUUCUAUCUCAAAUGGGCCCCUAUUCAUCUGGACUUUCAAGACCUUUUUGCAUUUAGCUCGGGAAAGAUACAGCUAGCAAGGACAACAUUGCCUCAGGGCUUUCCUGGCCCUGAGGUCUCUCCAUAAUUUCUGAAAUGUUAAGUUUUACAGGAAAUUGUGUUAAAAAAAUUAGUCUUGUUGGACAUAAUAUGUUGAUUACUUGAUAGAAACCAUGACAUCUUGUGAUGCCUAGACAGGCUGAACCUGGAACAGAGACUAGACAGAACUAAAGGAAUAAAGUAGGUAUUUGUUAAAAGGUCCUAAUGGAUACACCUUGGGCAGUACAAGAGCCUGCCCAGGGCUACACCCAAAAUAGACCCAAAAUGGUCACAAAAAUGGAUGAAUGGUCACGAGGCCUCUCACAUUUAUAAGUCUUGGUCCAUUGCAUAUUGGGGUUGUCCAAUUACAGCUUCAGGUUGUGAAGUUCCAUCCUCCUUGUUGCUCUCUUCAGUUCUCCAUUGUUUAUACUUUUGGGCCUGAAAAUUGUAAUGGUUGUCCUUGAUCUCAAGCUGGAAUAGGAUUGUUUUGUCUACCUACCUUGUGAAGAGAACUUACUGAUACUUCAUAUGAAGCUCAUAGCUACACCCCUAGGCAGCGCAGAAUCUGAAAAACAUGAAAGCUAAAACUUAAGGCAUCACUUGUAUAGCUGACAACUUUAUCUUGCAUUAAACCAUGCAAUGAGCUCAACUCUGCAGUCUGUUCCCUGUACCUGGGUGGGGAGUACCAGGUCACGCAUGGUUGUGCAGUAACAACCCACAAAGGUGAGCAAAACCCAACAAACUCAACCCUCGCAUGUUCUCCUAUUGCCUGGAUGGCAAUAAAGUUCUCCAGGUCAUUCAGUAAUUCCUGAAGAUGGGGCCCAGCAGAAAAGGACUUGGAGAUGCUGGCUGAGGGCAGCUGACCAAAAGCCAGCUGUGCCAAGGUAGCCAAGGAUGCCAAGGGUAUCCUGGUUUUUAUCAGGGACAGUGUGGCCAGCGGGACCAGGGAAGGGACUGUCCCUCUGUUCCCAGUACUGGUGAGGCAUUACCUCAAAUCCUGUGUCCAGCUCUGAGCCCCCCAGUCCAAGGAAGACUUUGAGACGCUGCAGUGAGUCCAGAGAAGGACAACUGAGCCUGGAAGGGCCUGGAGUACAGGUCUGAGGAGGAGCCUGGAGGGGAAAGGAGGCUCAGGGGAGACCUUAUCCCAUUCUACAACUGCCUGAAAGGAGGUCAUAGAAAGGUUGGUUUCUUCUGCCAGCAACCAGAGACAGGAUGAGAGGAAAUGGCCUCAAGCUGCAGGGGAGAUUCAGGUUGGCCAUCAGCAAUAAUUUCCUCAUAGAAAGGAGCUGUCAAGCAUUUGAACAGGCUGCCCAAGGAAGUCGUGGAGUCAACAUUGCUGGAGGUGUCCCAAGAAGUGACAGGACAUGGCAUGUGGCAUUCAGUGGUGUGGUUUAGUUGGCAUGGAGGUGCUUGGUGAAAGGCUGGACUAAAUGAUCUUGGAGGCAUUUUCCAACCCUAAUGAUUCCAUGAUUGUAUAAGAUAAGGUAAUGGAGGCUUCACCACAACCUAAAGCUGAGUGCACAAGCAGCAUAAUCACUAAUAAGCAUUAACAAAGACUUGCCAGCUGUACAAAUAAAAGGCUAUAAAGAUACUAAUUCAUGGCUUUUGUUUGGAGUCUGUGGAGUCUGCCACACCACUGUACAUUUAUGGAAACAGUGAGAGUUUAUAAAUCCUAGAAGGAAUAAAUACCAAACCUAAAACUAUUAAAAGCUAUAGACUUGCCAGCUAUACCAGUUCAUCAGCCAGCCUAUACUGGUGAAAGGAUACAAGAAAUAGGAGAAGUAAUCAGUACGAUCAGUAAUUGGUGUGCACAUGAAGUAGUACUUACUCUUUCAUUUCCAUGCUUUGCCUCCCAGUCUCUCUGCUGGUUGGCAUGGGCCAGUUCCAAAUCAUAACAGUUUAAAGUCUAGAUUUUAUAGAAAAUUUAGUUCACAGGAAUGUCAAAUGCUUGGUUUUUUACUUAAUGAAAUAGAAAUAUUUGCCUUCUUAGGAGGCAAAUAUUUAUAUCUUAAGCUUCUUAGGAGUUUAUAUUUGUGUUGAAUUACCAUUAUUGACAUCCUUGCAUUGGCAGUGGAGGAAAUAAUUAAGUAUAUAACAAUAUUAUCAUUAAUAUUUUUAAUUAGCUUCAGAAAAUGAAAAGAAGCAAAAUCUGGGUCAUAUCUUGUAACUUAAUAUGAAUUAUUAACUCAUUUCCUGUAUCACUGCAAUGCAUAUUCUAUACAAGCACAAGGAACAGAGGCUGAAAUUUUGAAGUGCUACUCUUUAGACAUUUAUUCAUUGUACAUCUGUUUCAAGGUGCGUAGGGUUGUCUCUAAUAGAAUAUCAAGAAUAUGCAACCAUAUUUUAUGCAUAUUUCUUAGUUUUAUAAAUUCUGCAUUUAUAGCACUGCCUUGAAGAAGUAUUUUUAUAACCUUGAGGUACAAAUUUAUGUACCUGCAUAGAACUGCUUCAUGUUAUUAAUUCAUUUCCAGAUUUUAGUGGCUGGUUUCCAUUGGAUAUCAAGCAGAAUUCAAUGCUGCAAAAUCUCAUGUCAGUGUUCCAAAAUUACAGAGUGAUUACUUUCAGCCCUAAUUCUCUAGAAACCAGAGAAUUGUGUGUUACCUCUGCUGCACUUGAUGUCAUUUCAGUUUUCCUCCUUUGCUGAAGCCUAACAUUUAUUUGUUCUUUAGCUUUUUUUGGUGCACGGGUAAAUAAAGCGGUGUAAUAUUCAGUAAUUUGCAUUUGUAUACUUGUUAUACUUGUUUGGAAGUUGUUAAAGUGUAGUUGUGGUAUAAAGUUGUUUGUGAGAGAGAAAAUAUCUAUGCUGGGAAAUAACUGAUCUUAAUUACUGAGACAAAAUGUCACAACUUCAAUAAUUCAUUUCCAUUGCAAGUUUCAAAAACUCAAGAACUUCAUGCUUUUUACUUUGUACCUGAAUUCAUGUGUGUUGUGGAAUUGGAGUGAAACAGUUAAUGAAACACACUGCAUGCCAUUGAAAGAGUUCUUGAGACUUUUUUUAUUGCAGACUAGGUAACACAUUUUCAUAGGUUCCGGCUUUGCUGGAAAUUCCCUUGAGAAUGAAGCAGUUGUUAUCAGCUAGCGCUUCCCUGUCUGGGUCAGUGACUUGGUACCAAACUGCUUGGGCUGUGCUAAGGCAGUGCUGGGGAAGAGGGCCAUCUUUGGGUUGUUGACAGAAGUGAGCCAGGAGGAAAAAUACAUACAGUUAAUACAGAGAGAAAUAAUCUUUUUUUUCACAGCUCCACAUUUCUCCCUCUACUGAGUGCACUGUUGCCUGCUCACACCCCUCUGUUCAACAGUCAUUUGACCCUGCCCAUUCUAGAACUUCAUCAUCCCUUCUCCAGCACUGAGCCUUGAGACUCCUGUUCCUCAGUCUGGUCUCCAGUCCAGUUAGGCUUGUGUUACAUUUCUGAUAAUCAUGAUGAGAAAAGAAGUGUGUGAACAUAAGAUUGCCUGCAGGAUGACCAUUAAAGAAUCACCUCCCUGGCCACUGAGGGACCGUGCAUACUGUCUCAUUCAGGGAAAAUGUAGUGGUGCUUAGGCUGGUCUUGGAAGAUCAAAAUCCCACUAGAAUGCAGUCUGUCUGUGAAGAUACUCCAGAGGAAGCAAACCUGUUCUGCUUUCAACAUGAAAGACAGCAUUAUUCUGAACAGCUGAACUUCGCGAUACUUUAUUCAUGGGUUAUUAGAACUUCUGCUUCAUCAGCAACUGUUAGUUUUUACUACCUUGCUUGUCUUCCAGCAGAUUUUGAAGAGAACUAAGUGUUUGGUUCACAAAGAUUGCCUUGCAUUCAUUUUAGGGACUCCAAGUGUCUCCAGCUGUCUUUGUGUUUGCUUUAGCAAAUCUUCUGAGGCUAAUGAGCAAUUAGAAAUUCAUUAAGCCUGGAGAAAUACCAGGUUACAUUAGAUGCCACUAUUCUAAUCUAGCCAAGCAGCAAUUCUGCUGAGUUAAGUGGGCAAAUGGACACAGCUGGCUGCUUGUUUCUGCUGCUUUAUGGGCUGUUAAAUGGGAGGACUCAAGCCCUCGCUAUGGAUCCUUUUGGCAGAGAGUCCUUAAAUCAGUGGUGUGUGCUGUACACACACACAGGAAUUCCUGUGAACUGUGACUCAGGCUAAAAGCAGUGUGCAGCCUGCCUGCUGGAGGAUAGCCAUGGUUCUGGAAGCCUCUCUGCCUCCUUGAGACUCCAUUAGAGAAGCCUUCCGUAUGCAACAACAGAUCCUUCUAAUAUUUUGGAAUGAACAUUUUUAAGAAACUUGUAUUUUUUAAAAAAAUAUUCAACUGGAAUAGAAUCUUCUCCCUGAAGGUAUUAAAAAUAGAAAAAUUAUUCACACUGCCCAUGGAAACUCUUCUGGGUAACUUCUAUGGCAGGUCUUGGACAGGAUCCUGUAUCAUAUACUGUUUGUUUUUCUUUCUGAAAAAAUGUAGACUUCAGUCUGUGCAGCUGUUUCAAUUGUUUCUUUGUUUCCCACAGUGCCCAUUUGAAAUACUUUAUCUGUGAAUAAACUAGUGAAUGACUCCAGUGUGGAAAAGCACCGAGCAAUAAUGGACUCUAAGCAGAACCACUGAAUUGUUAAACCUUGCAAUCAUUAAAAGGAAGGCAGGAACUAAAAGCAGAUUUGCUGUCAUUCCUAAUAUGAACGUGACUUGAUUUCAGUAUCCGUACAAUGCUGGUAAACAGGCUCACAUUCAAGAGCUGCUUGCUGGGCAAUCUGGUUGUAAUUUCUGUUUUAGAAAUAUAAUGUACUUCUACCAAUUAAUAUAGAAGAGAAUACAAGCAGUUUUGACUGAUUUUUUUUUUUU